AUGUCUUUAAUAAAUGUCCAUCCUUCUAAAACGUAUUUCGGUGCGGGAGACAUUCAAAAGUCAUUGGGUUCUCUUACUGGAUUCCCAUGGGCAAAAUAUCCCGGAGAAAAACAUCUCCCAGGGCACAAUUAUACAGGUCCAGGCACGAGAUUAGAUCUACGAUUGGAUGAAAAUGAUAAUCCCAAAUCAGGGGAAGAACCCGUUAAUACAGUUGACGCAGCAGCGCUCAAACACGACAUACUGUACAGAAACAAAGACAUAACAUUCAGACACCAAGCAGACAAACAAAUGAUAGACGAACUCGAAAAUAUUCCCAAUCCCACUUUCAGAGAGAAAUUACAAAGGGCUCUUAUCAUAAAACUCUUGAAGGCAAAAUUGAAAUUGGAAUCUAAAAAUCCCAUGACGGCGUUUAUAAACAAAGCGAAACCUUUUUUCGUGGAUCAAAUCGGAGACACCUUACAAGGGGAUAUCGAUAUGAACAAUUUCAAAAUAACUAAUUUAAAGUUUCCAGGAAACGAGAAUGAUGCCGUGAACAAGAAAUAUUUACUGGAUCAAAUUCAAAUAGAUAAGGACCAUGUUGAAAAUAGAAUAACUGACGUGAAAAGAUACCUCAGACGAACUAUUAAAAAUCUUGUGGACGAACCCAAAUUACAACAAGAGUUAACGAGUUUGAAACGUCUUAUUCAAGAGGAUAAAACAAGUCAGUUGAUAUCUAAAUUAGACGAUAAGAUUACGAAGGUAAAAAUAGACGUCCAACGUUUAAUAGAUAACCCAAAUGUAAACGAGGAUAGAUUGAAAUGA